GGCAGCGGCAUCCGUUUGCCCUCAGUGAAGAUGGCGGAGCGCGGCGUGGAGUGCCGGCGGCUGCGGUGAGGAUGCACCCCAGUGGCACACAGCACCGAGUUCCCAUGUACAGCUUGAAUAAUCAGCUCCAUACCUGGCUUCUCUUCAGAAUUCAGUUUUUUGCCAAUACUUCUAAUCUGACAUUCACCAGAGGCACUUCUGAGAGUUUCUCCCUUUUUUUACCAUAUAAACAGGAGUCAUAGGGCACUGCUGUUAUGUCCUGGGUACAAGUGGCAGUCAGGCAGUCCAAUGAGGAUAUAUUUGAUGAAGAUGCAGAUGAAAUGUGUCUACUACAGAAGGAAUGGAACAGCACUAUGAAAAAGAGGUUGAAGGAAGGCUAUAGGGAUGGAAUUGAGGCCGGGAAAGAACUUGCACUCCAGACAGGCUUUAAUCAAGGUUACAGACACGGUGCCAAGCUGAUGAUUACAUGCGGCCAGUUCAAAGGAAUCCUGAAUGCUCUCUUAUCCUGGUGUCAUUUAAAUGGACAUGAUUCUGCCCUAAGUACCAUAAAGAAUCUUCUUGAUGUGGUUGGAAAGCAUGAAGAUGAUAUGCUUAAGUAUCUGAACUCUACUGAAGAACAGCCACAUCUUGGACACAUUUUAGACUCAGUUCAGGACAUGGACCUUAAUCACACAGCUGGGACAGAGUACAGGGAAGUUAAAGAUGGAAAGCAUGAGGACUAUGGCAGCUCCGGUGAAAACAUUUGUAGGAAUAAUAGUGAGGUUGGUUCCUUGCAGUCUGAGUGCAGCAAGGCAAACCUCUGCACAGAUCCUGAAAAGUCAACCCUUGCUUGGGUUAAAAAGCAGACUGUUUGGUUAGUAGAGCAACUGGGCUUAUCGCUGGAUGUACUCCAUCAUGUCCAGCAACUGGAACAUUAGUUUUUCUGUCUCGUGGUACUUAAAACUAUCUCAGCUGGUUUUGAUUCUUGGUUUGUGGUCCGUGUACAGGCUGAUGCGUCACUUCUGCUUUACAAAAAAAUAAUUUUGAUGCUUUACAGUAUAAGUAAUUUUUAUAAAUUCACACCAUGAUUUUGGCUUUGGGCAAAACCCUUGACUUUCAACCUUAAAGGUCACAUUCACAGAAAGGGGCAGUGACUUUAAAACUUUACAGAGAGUUACUAAACAUAUUUCUGUUUUGUGUCAGGAGGUCCCAUUUCACCCUCAUUUUUUUCUUGGCAGCAGCUUGGAAAUGAAGUGGGUCCAUUAAAUAGCCCCUCUAAAUUGGGCCCCUGCAAUAUCAAAAGAAUAAAUACUCAGUGCUAUGGAAAUGGUCAGUGUUUUUGCAGAAUAAGCUGCUGUUGAUGAUAUGCUGUGUGUGAAAUAGAACAUGAUAUGCUGCUGAUUCCUAGAGUGCUGUGACUAGUCACUUUUUGUCAAAUUAUGUGUGUUAUCUUUUCUACCCAUGAUGCAAUGCACUUUCACAGUUAAAAACUAUUUUUCCCUCCUUAUAGUUAUAUUUGUCACUUUUGCUGAAAACAAACAUCAUUUUCCUCAAUACAGAAUUGCUGACAAUUCCAUUGUUUUAUUUUUAGACAUCUACUCUUACCAUGUCAGACCACACUAAACAUGCCUCCAGUCUAAUGAACAUCCAUUUGCUGUUUCUUUUAUUUAUUUUGUCAGUCCAUCUAGCCUGCACUCUUUCCCACAUUUCAAUAAUAUUUUUCUCAAACUCUUCAAGGAAACCAAACUUAUUCAGUACCUCUUAGAAACACAUCAGCCACACAUGCUUAUUUCUGAUUAUUUCAUAUUUCUGUAAUUAUUCUGUAUUUGACUUCCUUUUCCAUUGCUUCCCUUCACUGUAGCUGUAACUACAGAACCUGCUCUGUUCAGGAACUUUUUUCUUUGUGGACGCCUCUGUUUUACAUUAAUUAAACUGAUUUAUAUUAAGUUCCCA